ACCCGGCAGAGUCCAUCCCCACGAUGCUAGACAGCUUCCAGUCGCGGGAGGUGAAGGCAGGGAGGCUGGUGGAGCUGCCCUGCAUCGCCUCGGGCUACCCCAACCCGGCCGUGCGGUGGAUCAAGGACGGGCGCCCACUCCCCACCGACAGCCGCUGGACCAAGCGCAUCACGGGCCUGACCAUCAGCGACCUGCGCGUGGAGGACAGCGGGACCUACAUCUGCGAGGUGACCAACACCUUCGGGUCCGCCGAGGUCACAGGGACCCUCACGGUCAUAGACCCUCUGCGUGUGACCCUCACACCAAAGAAGCUCAAAACAGGCAUCGGCAGCACCGUCAUCCUCUCUUGUGCUCUCAGCGGGUCCCCCGAGUACGUCAUCCGCUGGUACCGCAACACGGACCUCGUGGCGGUGGAUGACUACAUCUCCAUCCGGGGCAUCAGCAACGAGACCCUGCUCAUCACAGCUGCACAGAAGAGCCACUCUGGAGCCUACCAGUGCUUCGCCACCCGCAAGUCCCAGACAGCACAGGACUUCUCCAUCAUCACGCUGGAGGAUGGGACCCCCCGCAUCGUCUCCUCCUUCAGCGAGAAGGUGGUCAACCCCGGGGAGCAGUUCUCCCUGAUGUGCGCGGCCAAGGGGGCUCCCCCGCCGACCGUCACCUGGGCGCUGGACGACGAGCCCAUCCCGCGGGACAGCGGGCACCGCACCAACCAGUACACCAUGUCCGAUGGCACCACCGUCAGCCACAUGAACGUGACCAGCCCGCAGAUCAAGGACGGCGGCGUGUACCGGUGCACCGCGCGGAACUCGGUGGGCAGCGCCGAAUACCAAGCGCGAAUAAACGUAAGAGGUCCCCCGAGCAUCCGAGCCAUGAAGAACAUAACAGCGGUCGCGGGUAGGGACACUUUCAUCAACUGCAGGGUGAUUGGGUACCCAUAUUACUCCAUCAAGUGGUACAAGGACUCUUUGCUGCUGCCUGAUAACCACCGCCAAGUGGUCUUUGAGAACGGGACUCUAAAGCUGAUGGAUGUGCAGAAAGGCAUGGAUGAAGGAGAGUAUCUGUGCAGCGUGUUGAUCCAGCCCCAGCUCUCCAUCAGCCAGAGCGUCCACGUCACGGUCAAAGUCCCUCCACUGAUCCAGCCCUUCGAGUUCCCACCAGCCUCCAUCGGGCAACUCCUCUACAUCCCCUGCGUGGUCUCCUCUGGGGACAUGCCCAUCCACAUCACCUGGAGGAAGGAUGGCCACGUCAUCCUCUCCGGCUCCGGAGUCACCAUCGAGAGCAAGGAGUUCAUGAGCUCCCUGCAGAUCUCCAGUGUCUCCCUGAAGCACAACGGCAACUACACCUGCAUCGCCAGCAACGACGCUGCCACCGUCAGCCGCGAGCGGCAGCUCAUCGUGAGGGUGCCUCCUCGUUUUGUGGUCCAACCCAACAACCAAGAUGGCAUUUAUGGCAAAGCUGGGGUGCUGAACUGCUCUGUUGAUGGGUAUCCCCCUCCGAAAGUCAUGUGGAAACACGCCAAAGGAAGUGGCAACCCCCAGCAGUACCAUCCCAUCCCCCUCACCGGCCGCAUCCAGAUCCUGCCCAACAGUUCCCUGCUCAUCCGCCACGUGCUGGAGGAGGACAUUGGCUACUACCUCUGCCAAGCCAGCAAUGGUGUGGGCACAGACAUCAGCAAGUCCAUGUUCCUCACUGUCAAGAUCCCAGCCAUGAUCACCUCCCACCCCAACACCACCAUCGCCAUCAAGGGGCAGACCAAGGAGCUGAACUGCACCGCGCGGGGCGAGCGACCCAUCAUCAUCCGCUGGGAGAAGGGCGACACCGUCAUCGACCCCGACCGCAACAUGCGCUACGCCAUCACCACCAAGGACAACGGCGACGAGGUCAUCUCCACCCUCAAGCUGAAACCAGCCGACCGCGGGGACUCGGUCUUCUUCUCCUGCCAUGCCAUCAACUCCUACGGCGAGGACAGAGGCUUGAUCCAGCUCACUGUCCAAGAGCCCCCGGACCCGCCGGAGCUGGAGAUCCGCGAGGUGAAAGCUCGGAGUAUGAAUCUGCGAUGGACACAGCGGUUUGACGGCAACAGCAUCAUCACCGGGUUCGAUAUCGAGUACAAGAACAAGUCAGAUUCCUGGGAUUUUAAGCAGUCUACACGCAACAUCUCCCCAACUAUCAACCAGGCGAACAUCGUGGACCUGCACCCUGCGUCCGUGUACAGCAUCCGCAUGUACUCCUUCAACAAGAUCGGGCGCAGUGAGCCCAGCAAGGAGCUCACCAUCAGCACGGAGGAAGCAGCUCCUGAUGGGCCCCCGAUGGACGUCACCUUGCAGCCCAUGACGUCCCAGAGCAUCCAGGUGACCUGGAAGGCCCCGAAGAAGGAGCUGCAGAACGGGGUGAUCCGUGGCUACCAGAUCGGGUACCGGGAGAACAGCCCGGGCAGCAAUGGGCAGUACAGCAUCGUGGAGAUGAAAGCCACGGGGGACAGCGAGGUCUACACGCUGGACAACCUGAAGAAGUUUGCUCAGUACGGGGUGGUGGUGCAGGCGUUCAACCGCGCCGGGACGGGGCCGUCGUCCAGCGAGAUCAACGCCACCACGCUGGAGGAUGUUCCCAGCCAGCCCCCUGAGAACGUGAGGGCCAUCUCCAUCACUUCGGACGUGGCUGUGAUCUCCUGGUCGGAGCCCCCGCGCAGCACCCUCAACGGGGUGCUCAAGGGAUAUCGAGUCAUCUUCUGGUCCCUCUACAUGGAUGGAGAGUGGGGCGAGAUGCAGAACAUCACGACCACGCGGGAGCGAGUGGAGCUGCGGGGAAUGGAGAAGUUCACCAACUACAGUGUGCAGGUGCUGGCAUACACCCAGGCCGGGGACGGCGUCCGCAGCAGCGUGCUCUACAUCCAGACCAAGGAGGACAUUCCAGGUCCCCCAGCUGGCAUCAAGGCUGUGCCAUCCUCUGCCAGCAGCGUGGUGGUGUCCUGGCUGCCGCCGGCCAAGCCCAACGGCAUCAUUCGGAAGUACACCAUCUUCUGCUCCAGCCCCGGCUCGGGGCAGCCGGCUCCCAGCGAGUACGAGACCAGCCCUGACCAGCUCUUCUACCGCAUUGCCCACCUGAACCGCGGGCAGCAGUACAUGCUCUGGGUGGCUGCUGUCACCUCCGCCGGCCGCGGCAACAUCAGCGAGAAGGUCACCAUCGAGCCUGCAGGGAAAGCCCCUGCCAAGAUCAUCUCCUUCGGAGGCACCGUCACCACGCCGUGGAUGAAGGACGUGAGGCUGCCGUGCAACUCCGUGGGGGAGCCGGUCCCUGCCAUCAAGUGGACCAAGGACAGCGAGGACUCUGCCAUCCCGGUGACGGUGGAUGGCCAUCGCCUGAUCCAGGCCAACGGCACGUUGGUGCUGCGCUCGGUGAAGGCAGAGGACUCUGGCUACUACACCUGCACGGCCACCAACACCUGGGGCUUCGACACCAUCAUCAUCAACCUGCUGGUGCAAGUGCCCCCGGACCAGCCUCGCCUGACCGUCUCCAAGACCUCAGCAUCGUCCAUCACUCUGGCCUGGAUCCCUGGGGACAACGGGGGCAGCUCCAUCCGAGGCUUUGUGCUCCAGUACUCGGUGGACAACAGCGAGGAGUGGAAGGAUGUGUUCAUCAGCUCCUCUGAACGCUCCUUCAAGCUGGAGAGCCUCAAGUGUGGCACCUGGUACAAGGUGAAGCUGGCGGCCAAGAACAGCGUCGGGGCCGGGCGCAUCAGCGAGAUCAUCGAGGCCAAGACCCAUGGCAGAGAGCCCUCCUUCAGCAAGGACCAGCACCUCUUCACCCACAUCAACUCCACGCACGCCAGGCUGAACCUGCAGGGCUGGAGCAGCGGCGGCUGCCCCAUCACUGCCAUCGUCCUGGAGUACCGGCCCAAGGGCAACUGGGUCUGGCAGAGCCUGCGAACCAACAGCUCCACCGAGGUCUUCCUGACGGAGCUGCGCGAGGCCACGUGGUACGAGCUGCGCAUGAAGGCCUGUAACAGCGCCGGCUGCGGCAACGAGACCGCGCAGUUCGCCACGCUGGACUACGACGGCAGCACCAUCCCCCCGAUCAAGUCUGCCCAAGGGGAGGGGGAUGACGUGAAGAAGCUCUUCACCAUCGCCUGCCCCGUGAUCCUGGCCACGCUGGGAGUGGCUCUGCUCUUCAUCAUCCGCAAGAAGAGGAAGGAGAAGCGGCUGAAGAGGCUUCGAGAUGCCAAGAGUUUAGCUGAAAUGCUGAUCAGCAAGAAUAACCGCAGCUUUGACACGCCGGUGAAGGGUCCCCCCCAGGGCCCCCGACUGCACAUCGACAUCCCACGCGUGCAGCUCCUCAUCGAGGACAAGGAAGGCAUCAAGCAGCUGG